UGGAAAUUUAAGCGGGUAUGUGUGGAAAGAAAACAAAUAGAAUAGAGCAACAUACAAAAAAAAAAUCAAAGUAAUUUGUAUUGAGAACUUAAGUAUCGUUAUUUUAUAAUGGCUAAAAGGAAAAACCCGUUUUUUGAUGAAAUUCCAAGUCAAAUUAAGUAUCAUAUUAGCCCCAAAGAAAUUAAUUUGGGUGUGAAUAUGUCGGUUCGUAUGCCUGGAGUAUAUGAACGGACUUGGCAGCUUCUUCGAGAUGGUGCCAGAAAACAGUUUGCAGAAUCAACCUUUGAUCCUCUCAAAUGUGUAGUUCUCAGUCCUCCAGCAACUCCCCCUGGUGAUAACAAACGAAAACAAAAUGAAGAUGAAUCUCUUAUCAGCCAGAAUGACCAACCUGUUCAAGUUAAGUACAGACAGGAAAAGUUUCAUGAAAAGUCUCUGCACCAAAGAAAUGUUCACUUUCAAAGUUGUGGCUACUGUCAGAAACCAUCAGAUUUAACAGGUGGAUUCCACUGCUCAUUUUGUCAUCGGUCUGUUUGUUCCGGUUGUCGACGGAUUUGUCGUGCCUGUGAAGGGGAUUAUUGCCCUCUUUGCUCUACCCUCAGGUAUAACGAAUACGAAGAACAUGCCAUCUGCCUGACCUGCUUAAGCUGAAAACCUGUGUGUGUGUGUGUUGGAAUACAAAAAAAGAUAAUAUGUAGCUGAAAAGUCUUAUUUUAAUUUUUAAAAUUAAGCAUUUCUUUUUGUCUUUUUGAAAGUUUGUGUUCAUUGUACAGUUUGUAAAAUAAAUGAUUGAUUUUAGCAUUUCUUGAA